AUGCUCCGCCGCUCCCUCUCCACCGCCGCGCCGCGCCCCGCCUGGGCGAUGGUCUACCGGAUCUCGACGGCGGACGAGUCCGCGGCCGCGCGGCGCGCGUCCGUCGAGCUCGCGCCGCCCCCGCUCGCCUCCCGCGUCUCCGUCCCCAGGCACGCCUUCGGCCUGGACCCGCUCCGGGCCACAACGGCCAGCGCCGACCUCCGGCCGCCCGUCAACUUCUUCAGCUUCGCCGCCCCGGCCCGCGAGCAGGGCUCCCCGCAGCCGGCGGGCUCCGGGCACAACCUCAUCAACGUGUUCGGCAGCGGCGUGCUCGCCGCGAGCGGCGACGGCCUCCUCCUGCUCGGCACCUUCAGGAACCGCGCCAGCGCCGCCAGCAUCUUCCAGCACCAGGUCCCGUCCCCCGCCCCGUUCGAGGUCCUCGACCAGGCCUACGCGCGCUCCUCCUGCUGCGACCCCAUGAGGCUCGCGCGCUUCGUCUGCAACCCCGUCACCGGCGAGCUGGCCCGCCUCCCGGACUUCGACGGCGCGGAGGACGCCUUCACCGCCCCCACGGGCCUCCUCACCCAGGCCAACGGCGGGCACGGCGGACCGCCCCGGAGGUACGCCGCCGCGCAGCUCAGCGUGGUCAACAAGGGGCGGCGUUUCCGGCUGCGCCGGCUCUCCUCGGAGACCGGGGAGUGGUACGAGCUUCUGCUGCCGUCCCCGCUGCCGGCCGGGCGCCUGAUGCACAUGAACCACGAGGUGCUGGACUUCGGUGGGCGGCUCUGGUGGGUGGACGUGAGCUGGGGCGCCAUCAACGUCGACCCUUUCAGCGACCGGCCCGAGCUCUGCCCCGUCGAGCUGCCGGCAGACGUCAUGCUUCCCGACCAACAGGGCGAGGCAGAGAUGAGGCAGCUCCUCCAGCGCAGGCGCAUGGGGGUCAGCGACGGCAGGCUGAGGUUUGUGGAGGUUGCCAAGGACGAGCCCUUCCGCAUCAAAUCGUUCACGCUGGACGAAGAGAGUGGCCGCUGGAUGCUGGAGCACCAGGUGUCGUGGAGAACACUCUGUCCCGAAGCCAAGGCGUCGCCUUUGAUUGCUGCCAUUGAUCCACUCAGCGCCGACUUGCUGUACCUCACUGUGCCUGUGGGCAAAGGGUUCUGUGCAAGCGUGGACAUGCGCUGGAAGAGACAGGUUGAGUCUGUGGAGUUAGGGCGUGGUGUCAAUCCAAGCAAGUGCAUCUCAAGCUUCGUUCUGCCAUGUGUGCUCCCCUCAUUUCUCGGAUCAAGCCCGAUUCCAGGCAAGAUGAACACCAAGCAAAACAAGACUUUGGCAGAUUUUCUUGUUCGCUCAGACAUCCCAUAG